AUGUCUUACUCUAUCAACCAACCAGAUUUCUUAGUCGGAUAUGCACUUUUGCAACGCUUCCCACGACAAGUCUGCCUCGCUCAUAUGAUGGGCUGCGGAUGCGUGGCCAGCGUCCCCCAGCGAGGGGCAGAUUUGCCCAGACCUGUCGCCACUGCAUGUGCUAAGGUUGCGGCGGGGUUACGAUCACUCAGCGCUGGAUUAACCAACACACAGCCUGCCUGCAUGAUGGCGGACCAGACGCCUCAACAUGUCGAGCGUUACGAGGGCGGUUGCGCUUUUUGUAGCACUUCUAAGUCCGAGGCCCCCGAUAUCUUUGCAUGGAUUGUCCGCUCGGAACGUGCCCUUGACAACUCAUUUGGCUGUUCUGCUAUGGCAGACCCCUUGAGCAUCGCCGCAAGCAUUGCGGGGCUCCUCUCUCUUGCGGACAUCGUCUUUCUGCGCUUGUCCAAGUAUAUCAAGUCAGUCAAGAAUGCCGACAAAGAGAUCAGCGAUCUAUGCAAAGAAGUCAAUUUGGUUGGGGGCACUGUCAACAUGUUGUCGCGAUUGGCAACCUCCCUGGAGGCGGAGGACGAGUCUCCCAUUCAGGGCUUCCGAAUGCACCACGUUGACGGUUGUGCAGCGAUCCUAUCCGAGAUUGUCAACAAGACGAAGAAGUACGAAAACAAAUCAGGAGGAAGACUCAAGAAACUCUUUUGGCCUUACACUUCUUCGAAGACCAAGGAAAUGCUCGCAGACCUAUCGCGACACAAGGAGAACAUGAAUCUUGCGUUAUCAGCUACUUCAUUGGAGGCAUUACUGCGUUGUCUCGCUAAAGAGGAAGAAAGAGAACGAACCGCGACUGCAAUACUAGCCGAUGUUAAAAAAACCAAAGAGAUUGCAGUACGGAUUCAAGAGGAUACCUGGAGACGGCGAAUCCUAGACUUCUUCCUGAGAUACAAUCCGCAAUCAAAUUACGAGAUGAGUGUAAAGCUACGACACCCGAGGACUGGCAUGUGGCUUGAACGUCAUUCGUCUUUCCAGCAAUGGCUUCGCACCCAAGGGUCCCGACUCUGGUUGAGCGGCAUUCCCGGCGCCGGAAAAACGGUACUCGCAGGCUCAAUUAUUGGCCAUGCUCUUGCGAGAAGCUCAGAUACCGUUGCUGUAGGCUUUUUCUUUUGCGACUACAAGAACGAGACGACGCAGAGCCCUGUCAAUAUUCUUGGGGGCUUGGCGUAUCAAUUGGCGAUACAGAGCGAGAAAGCGUAUCCGAUGCUCGAAGAGUAUUACUUAGAGCUCCAUCCAGACAAGGGACUCCCUCGCUCUCCCAACACAGAAGACCUAGGACGAACCAUCUUGAGGAUGUUUCAAGUCUUUGAACAUACCUACAUAGUGGUUGAUGGCCUAGAUGAAUGCGGAGAUCACGCAGAGGAGGUUGUGGAGGCGCUCUGCGAUAUUGCAGAAAACUCCGACGAAUUAUCGAUGGCGCUGCUUAGUCGCGACGAGGACGACAUCCAACGACACCUCCGAGAUUCCGAGAAGAAAUUUGUCAAUAUAGAGAUUGCAGCUCAUACGGAUGACAUCACUGAGUUUCUCACUUCGGAGAUUGAACGACGUAUUCGCAGCAGAAAGCUGGUAUUCGAAGAUCUCUCUCUUAAAGCAGAGAUUCUAGAGAGCCUCGUGACCGGGGCACAUGGAAUGUUUCGCUGGGUCGCCUGUCAACUGGAUCACCUUGGAGGCUGCGAUUCUGACGAGCAAUGUCGAGAGGCCCUGCGCAGUCUUCCACCCGACCUCCCAGAGACUUACAUGCGCAUCUUGAGGAGAGUUUCUCCAGCAAAACAAACACAUGUUCAGAUGACACUGCACUUCAUCGCUUACGCUGAGCCAAGACUCGACAUUGAGCAAUUGAGAGAAAUUCUUUCAAUACCAUCAACUAGCCAGCAUCUAAGCCCAUCUGGCAUCAUAAGGGAAGACGCAAUAGCCAGAUAUUGCAGUAGUCUGAUUCGAAAGUCAAACGACGGGGAAUACUUCGAAUUUGCUCAUUUUUCGGUCCAGGAGUUUUUGACAACAGUGCGAUGCUUGGAAUAUCUUCAGCUCGACAACUUCAAUCAUCUACCGACGGCAACAAGUGAGGAACUCGACUACAUGAAGAAAAGAGACGGUGAAUAUCGUCUCUACAGUUAUGCUGCGGAAUACUGGUUGUGUUUCGCUAGAGAAGAAUGGACACAUCCUGAUUUACUAGCCAUGGCGAAACGUCUCUUCGAUCCGCAGAAAUCCACGCAAUUCACGUCAUGGGUAGAAAGAAUCGACAUAAUGGUAAUUGAUUUGAUAGCGGGAGUCAUUCACGACAGUUUCCGACCACUGCACUUCGCGGCAACUAUGUCACUACCAGAGAUCAGUUCAUUCCUACUACAGACUUCGGAUCAUCACGAAACCAAAUGCAUGCUUGGAACUCCAAUAAAAUCGGCGUGGUUUCAACGCUACACAGGAACGGACAGUCUGGAAUUGUCUUAUACUAUCGAGACCGUGGGAUUGUUUCUGGACAUGAAUCUCCAAGCACCAGAGGAUCUUUUACGUGUUUCUCUGUGUGAUGGAAUCAGCAUACGCAACCUUUCGGUCGCUCAGCUACUCGUCGACAAAGGUCUUGUUCCCACACAAAGCGACCUAAACUAUUUCAAAACAGUCAUGAACACGACAAUGUAUAAUGACGAACUUAGCGGGAGCGAGAAAUAUCUGCCAUCACUGUGCGAGUUCUGCGAAGCGCUUAGCCAUGGAAUUGAUACUUCGCCCUUGCAUCUUGAGUUUUGUCAGUCGGCGUGGGAAUAUUGCCUGCGGAUGACCCCAAGUCUCACUGAUCUCGAAGGUUACAACAUCAGUUCCAAAGUUACUGAUGAUGCACGUAACCUGAAGACAUUGGCAUUUGAUGUGGUUCGCUGGAGCCUCGACAUCACUGUGUUGCAGAGAGUAGUUGAUGAUCAACGAGUGGAUGUUUCAUCCAUUCUAAGCCCUGGUCAGGAAGAUGGGCUGUUGCAUGCACUGGUCCAGUCAGGGACUGAUGAUCAGGCAAGUGAAGGCUCUGGUUGGUUCGUCCAGGCUGAGAAAAUCUUGGACUUGCUGUUGAGCGUCGGCUGUAGCCUGUCCAAGCGCAACAGAGACGGACAUACACCAUUGACGCUUGCAAUCGGGGAGGGACUGAUUGGCUUCGCCGAAACGAUCUUAAAGAGGUGUGAAAACGAGCCGAUGGCCUGGGAAUGCCAGACUCCGAUACUGUUGUUGGUUGCUGGAUCAGGCUCUGAGGGGAUCUUAGACCUACUUCGAAGCAUAGGUCUAAAAGCCCGUCUCGCCGACUAUGAACAGAAAACUCCAUUACAUUGUUUGAGAGGCAAUGCGGAGUUGACCUUGGUCCAAAAAUUGGAAUCGCUAGUUCCAAACGCAAGGCUGUGUCGAAGCAAUGCGAAGUUGCCAUGGGAAUGUUAUGUGGAUACCAUGUUAGCCGGCUCAUGCUUUGGGUCGUCAUCUGUGGGUGUGCUGGAGUAUCUCAUCCAACCGCUUGUUCCUCAAUCGAAUCCUUCUGAUGCGUCGAAGGUGUGGGAAUACUUCGCCUCAAGAACUUUCCUGCGCAAAUACCUUACAUUCGGACACAUCAAUGAAGCAGUCAGAUGCCUGGUACGUGUUGGAAUAUUUGACGCUUACGAGAAAGAUCGUUCGACUUCUGCGCUUUUACCGAUCGCUGAAGCCUGUUCGAAUGAGUGGUUGGUGUAUCCUAGCAGCGACGAGCACUUUCUUCUCACGGACGACACGCUGUGUUUCUUGUUGAAGGCCACAACCUACUGGAACAGCUUCCAAGAGUCACUUUAUGCCGUUGAACUUUUGAAGGUAUCUUCCACUCUCAACUACAGCAUGACAGUAGAUUGGUUGUUAGCACGAGGCAUUGGUGUCCAUCGACGCUGCAAAGGGGUGUCCACCCUGGAAUAUAUUUGCGCGUUACCAGCGACCCGUGAAGACGACAAUUCCAGGGUCAGGCAGCUUCUUGAUCACGCAGAUCCCGUUUGUUUGAACCAUACAAACCCAACUUCCGGCUUGGGAUUGAUUCAUCUCUCUAAUGAGAAGGAUGUGCCGCAGUUUAGGCAUGGGAUAGUUGAAAUGCUUCUGGGGCGUGGUGUUAUUCCAGUUCUGCGUAUUAGUAUCUGGCCACGAUCAUCGGCAUUGGUUUACCACUUGCUUGAGGAACAUUUUGACUUAGCAGCUACCCUCCUCCAUCAAGGAGCGGAUCCCACAAUCCCUUGCCGAUCUGGAUGGACAGCGAUUCAUGCGGCGAUUGCAUGUGAUAACGUGUCUUUCUUGUCCGAUAUUCUCAAGCACAGCGACCCGAUCUGGAAAAUUGACUGGGAAGGUCAGAGUAACACUCAACUGUAUAAAGGCAUAAGACCGCUGCACCAUGCAGCGAUGUCCUCUGUCGAUUGCCUACAGACUAUCCUUGAGAAGGUGGUCUCUAUCAGUCUAGAAGCGCCGGCAGAGAACGGUUACACUGCUGUUCACUUUGCAGUGGUGGGCGGGAAUAUCAGUGCGGUUGAACCCCUCCAUGCUCGAGGUGCAAACAUCGACGCCAGGUCAGUUGAUGGCCAAUUAGCCCUGCAUAUUGCCGUUGCUGGAGGCAAUCUCGCGGCAGUCGAAAGACUUCUAGAACUGGGCAGUGAAAUGACACCCGAUUGUGACGGAAUGACCCCGCUGCUAUUGGCGUAUGAAUACAAUAAUCAAGAGAUCAUCGACUGCCUGAGAGCCCAUGAUAAGGGCCAGCACGGCCAGCUCCUUGCGCCACUGUCAAGGGUAGAUAUUGAUUUACCGGAGUACAUAUCAGGGGGUUGUACAGCUCUUGGAGUCGCUGUAAGCCUCGGGAAGUUGAAAAUUAUGACUUGGCUUCUAGAGCAGGGUGCAAACCCCAAUUGCCCCUACGGCAAGAACAGCUCCAUCGUAGGAACAAUGAUCAGCCAAACCUGUUUAAAUACGGGAUUGCAAGCCACGCUCGAGAGAUACACUGCCACCGGUGGUAGUUUUAUGAACGAGCCAGAGUGUCUGGUAGCCACGGCUGUAAAAGCGAACAAUGAAGAAGGGUUGAAAAUCCUUCUGGAUCAUUUGAAAGCAAAUAGGAAGUCUCAUGCAAAGCAAGUUGGUGCAGGCUCGUCGGAUGUGCUGGCAUUAGCUGUCAAUAGAAAAUGGCAGGGCACGAUACCCUUGCAUUGGGCGGCAUCUAUGAAUAAUGUGUCGACCGUUCAGUUGUUAAUCGACAGUGGUGCCGAUCUUGAGGCCACAGACGACAAGGGUUGGACCCCCCUCCUCGUUUCUAUCAAGGCGCCAGCUACAUUUGACCUUUCAGCUGUUGUUCGAGCUCUACUCGAGUCUGGAAGCGAUCCAAAGUGUCGCGAUAACAAUGGCGUUACGCCGAUAGCUGAAGCAUGUACACAGGGAAACCCUCGUGUCAUUUCAGCUCUGAUGGAUAGGGGCCCGGAUGUACAUGUCGAAGAUUAUGCAAAGCGCAAUGUAUUACACCGUCUCUUCACACGCGACGAGACUGAUGAAACGAACGUCGCCAGGCCUGCACUAUUCAUUAAACUAACUCGAAUGGGCGUCAACCCACACAAACUUGACAUGUUCGGCUGCUCUGCCCUUCAUCUGAGUAUUUUUCACAAAUCCAUGGUGGCCCUCUUGCUAAAUGGAGACCUCCAGAUUCAGGACGAAAGGCCUAUUCCAUGGUCGACUAUGUUUCUGGGUAGAGAUGCUACCAACGAAGCUGCAGCAUGCUUGACAACGGCCUUUCGAAUGUACCGUCGAAAGCUGUCGACGGAGAAGCUCCGCACACUUCUGAACCUAGAGGCCGGCGGCUUUUGGAACCCACUGUCUUUUGCUGCAUCUAGAGGGCAAAUUCAAGUCAUGAAAAAUAUCCUGUCUCUGGGAAUCCCGAUAGAUUUCGAAGGCUGUCCAGAGGGCUCCGCGCUCAUGGCAGCGUCCAGCGCAGGGGUUUUGAAAUCCGUCAUCUAUCUUGUUCGCCAUGGCGCAAGCAUAUCCUUUCAAGGGAACCACAACUUUCGGUCUGCAGUGAAGCUCGCAGCUACCUCGCCGCGGGUCCUUCGCUGGUUGCUUGUCGAUCGGUUCACCGACCAGAAGAAGCUCGACCAAUCUUGUCACGCGUCGACCUCCCCAUCGACUGAUUACAAACCUUGGAGCGGGAUCCAGAAAGCUGAGAUGAUCAUAUCAGGACGAUGGGAGCGGCAGCCACAUGAGUCUUCUCAGCAAUACUGGGCACGUCUAUCGAACAUGACAGAGGAUUUUAGGGGCAAGUUCCUUCCUCCCAACGGCGGGAAGACAACGCGGAGACAGUCGAAGCUGGUCCCGUCAGAAAGUGUCAGGAUUGCAGCCGACGGAUAUUUUGUUCCGUACGAUGCCUCGGUAGGAGAACGCGUGACGAGGAAGAGCAAGUGGUCGGAGUUGAGCUUGGAGGUUCGAGAGAAUGAGCUGGCAAAUGUCUCGUGGAUUUAUCGUUCAGGCUGGCGUUACGGCUGUCAGGUUUCUUUCAUGUUUUCAUAUUGCUUCCCAGUCAUAGCCCAUACUAGCAACCAAGCUAUCAAUGUUUCCCAAGAACUCCUUACAUGUAUCUUCAAGCCUUCUCGCAUGUCCCGGGAAGCCGCAACGAUGAUGAACAUUCGAGCAUUUGACGACGAGACGAGCUCCCCACUUCCCUCUCCCACGACCACCAAGAAAGAAACUCGCCCUUUCCCUCGGAACUGCGCAAUAAGAUCCCCCACCGUACACAAAAACUACAAAACAAAAGGAAGGGAAAAGACAUACAUGCAACACCGGGCAUUCGCCGGUCGUCUCCGACCCGACUACUACUCCGGCCCUCACUGGUUUAUCGAUGGGAGAGCGGACGGGAUCCCGAGUUCUCCAUGGUUUCAUGUUAGGGGCAAAAAGAGGAUCUUGAGAUUGAGUCGCGAACACAGUCAAAAGAAUUUGUUGGUUGUAUUCAUCAAACUACGUCAAAUGUCUGCUCUGGCCGGAGACGAAUAUGUCAAAAAGGGGUGCUGGAAUGCCUACAACCGGCAAAAAAACUCAUUUAAGGAGCUCUCAACCUGCGGGCCCCCACCAAUAGCCCGUCACCCAAGCGGGCUUAGCGCCUGGCGGACCCACAGCACCGGCCGGCCACAACCCCCGAACAUCGGCGUGUCUACCGACCGAGCGUCUUCCGAGAUACGACCUCGAGCGAGUCAUGGCACGGCUCGCAUCCCAUGUCAGAAACCCGACCAGUUCGUCUCAGCCCCCAAUGAAUUCGCGUUUUCUGGGCGGUCAUUUGUUUGGCGUUGGAGUCUUGGGAUUCUCUGGCUUUUUGAAAUCUCAUCUAACGCACCUAGUUCCAUGGACUAUGACCCCUCCCUUCUCACCAACCACGGACACCACGACCACCCAUUACCGUGA